CGGCCAAUGUCCAACAUUGCUUUUCGCGAUUCGAGCAUAGUCGUGGUCGACACCGCGCGUACGAGCGUUCGAGCGGGACUUGGCUUGCAUGAACUCCUUCAGAUACCCUCGGUGGAAAUACAGGCCCGCGUAGGCGUGCGUAAGGGGAUUGCGACACCCAAAGUAACCGACUACGUCGUUGGACCACAACUCGAUGACGCCAUAGCGGCGGGGCAAGAGCUAGAUAUAUUCUGGCCUUUCCAGUACGGGGAUGUGGAAGACUGGAUACAAGCUGAGGCACUGUGGAAGUAUGCGCUAUUUACUGGCUUGCACUUGAAACGCGCCCAAAAUGAAUCUCCGGUGCUCCUCACCCUGCCCGCCGGCCUGUCACGGUCAGCCUACGAGAACGCCGCGCGCGUCUUCUUCGAACGCUUCAAUGUCGCCUCGUUCGCGAUCCUCGAGCGCCCGACAGCACAGCUUUACGCCGCGAACGCGCUGAGCGGGCUCAUCGUCGACAUCGACGAGUACCACACGGACAUCACACCGAUCCUCGACGGGAUCGUGCUCCACCCCGCACGGUCGUCUGUUGCCGUCGGCGCCGCAGACUGCGAGCGGUACCUGGCCCACCUCCUUCGAGCGAACUCAUCUGUCAUGGGCACGCUAAACACCUCGGCGUCUGCAUCACCAUCGACCUCAUCCUCAGAAGCAUCGCCGCCGAACCCGGACCUCGACGCGGACCUUCUCGCUCUCGCGCGCCAGAUCCGCGUCUCGGGCCUCAUCAAGGCUGCGCCCGCGGUGGCAGGGGCCGGAGACGUGUUUGAGUCCGAGGACGGCGUAACGGAUAUCGCGGCCAUCGUCGUCGCGGGGAAGGAGAAGGCUGUGAUCGAGUCCGGGAUGAAGAAAAAGCAGAACAAAACGGCGACGGCACAGGAGCUCGCGCGCGCGCGGGAGAUCGAGGCUCUCGACCUGGUCACGAUCACGUUUCGGGAGAAGGAUAUCACGAUUGGGAAAGAGAGGCAUAGGUUCUGCGAGCCGUUGUUCAACCCGAGUUUGGUGGCGGGGAUGGAAUACUGGAAAGGAACGGGAAGGGAGGUGCCUCUGCUGGGCUUGCAGGAUGUCGUCGCGCAGGCGGUGUCGUUGGCCGACGUUGACCAGCGACAGUACAUCUAUGGCGGGCUGUUUGUCACCGGAGAGGUGACCAGUAAAGUGAAAGGAAUUGGUAUAGCCCUGCAGACUCGGCUAGCCACAUACAUUCUCUCCAGCCCGGACCAACAAAAUGAGGUACAGACCAAAUAUAUCAGGACGAUCAAGGUCCCCGAGUACUUUGCGGAGUACCGCGAGACCGGGGAAGGAUACGCCGCUUUCCUCGGGGCAUGUAUUGUGGCUAAGAUCACCUUCAACGAUCCUCUUGCGAAGAACUUCCUCAGCAAGGUUGACUAUUCGGCCAAGGGUCCACAUGCGAUUUUGGAAUUCUCCCCUUCUCUGUUGUAGCCACCGCGUUGUUUAUCAUAAUCAUUAUACUGCUUAUUCUUUUU